AUGGCUCCAAUCGAGCGCAUUGCAGAGCAUCUGGAGAAGCCAGAGCUUGACGAUCGCUCAUAUCGCGUCAUUCGCCUGCCGAACAAACUGGAAGCUCUACUAGUUCAUGAUCCGGACACCGAUAAGGCCAGUGCAGCCGUUAACGUCAAUGUGGGCAACUUCUCCGAUGAAGACGAUAUGCCAGGGAUGGCUCAUGCCGUAGAGCAUUUGCUGUUCAUGGGCACCAAGAAGGAAAACGCAUACAACCAGUACCUAGCGGCCCACUCCGGCUCAUCGAAUGCAUACACAGCGGCCACAGAAACGAACUAUUUCUUCGAAGUGUCUGCCACGGGCGACUCGAGUCCACCUAAGUCCAGCGGAGAGAGUACCCCGGCCGAGACAAACGGGAAUGGAACUUUGGUGAAUGGGAGUGGGUUAGAGGGCAAGUCGCCUCUCUACGGUGCUUUGGAUCGGUUCGCUCAGUUCUUUGUUUCACCGUUAUUCCUAGAGUCGACUCUGGACCGAGAACUGCAGGCUGUGGACUCGGAAAAUAAGAAGAAUCUCCAGAGUGACUUGUGGCGGUUGAUGCAAUUGAACAAGUCUCUUUCCAACCCUCAACAUCCUUACCACCAUUUCUCGACUGGUAAUCUGCAGACGCUGAAGGAAGACCCGCAGAAACGCGGUCUAGAAGUCCGCAGUGAAUUCAUUCGUUUCUAUGAGAAGCAUUACUCCGCCAAUCGGGCGAAGUUGGUCGUCCUGGGACGAGAGUCCUUGGACACAUUGGAGGAAUGGGUGGCUGAGCUUUUCUCUGACAUUGAGAACAAAAACCUGGCUCAGAAUCGAUGGGAUGAUGUCCAACCUUUCACUGAGGAGGAUAUGUGCACUCAGGUCUUUGCCAAGCCAGUCAUGGAUACCCGAUCUAUGGAUAUGUACUUCCCCUUCCUUGAUGAGGAGGAUCUCCAUGAUACCCAGCCUAGUCGGUACAUCAGUCAUCUUAUUGGACACGAGGGUCCAGGAAGUGUUCUUUCCUACCUUAAGAACAAGGGUUGGGCCAAUGGUCUCUCUGCCGGGGCCAUGCCCAUCUGCCCCGGAUCUGCAUUCUUUACAGUUUCGGUGCGACUGACUCCCGAUGGUCUGAAGGAGUAUCAGGAAGUCGCCAAGGUGGUAUUCGAGUACAUUGCUAUGAUCAAGCAGCGCGAGCCAGAGCAGUGGAUCUUUGACGAGAUGAAGAAUCUUGCCGAGGUUGACUUCCGAUUCAAGCAGAAGACCCCGGCGAGUCGAUUCACCAGCCGCCUGAGUAGCGUCAUGCAAAAGUCGCUACCUAGCGAAUGGCUGCUGAGCGGAUCCUUGCUACGACGUUUCGAUCCUGCCUUGAUCAAGAAAGCUUUGGAUUACCUGCGCGUUGACAACUUCCGCUUGAUUAUCGUGUCCCAAGACUUCCCGGGUAAUUGGGAUCAGAAGGAGAAGUGGUAUGGCACCGAGUACAAGGUGGAGAAGAUUCCUCAGGAGUUCCUAGGUGAAAUCCAAAAGGCUCUUGACUCGACUGAGGCUACUCGCACUUCCAACGUUCACAUGCCCCACCGCAACGAGUUUGUGCCGACGAGACUCUCCGUUGAAAAGAAGGAGGUUGAUGAGCCAAGCAAGACCCCCAAGCUGAUCCGCCACGAUGACCGGGUGCGUCUGUGGUUCAAAAAGGAUGACCGCUUCUGGGUACCCAAGGCCACUGUUGAGGUGACCUUGCGUAACCCUCUGGUGUGGGCUACGCCUGCCAAUCUUAUCAAGACUAAACUGUACAGCGAGUUGGUGAGAGAUUCUCUGGAUGAGUACUCAUACGAUGCUGAACUCGCUGGGCUGGACUACCACCUGUCGGCUAACAUUCUGGGAUUGGAUAUUUCCGUAGCUGGUUACAACGACAAGAUGUCUGUCCUGCUGGACAAGGUCCUCAACACUAUGCGCGGACUUGUAAUCAACCAAGACCGGUUCAACAUCAUCAAGGAGCGCCUGACGCGUGCAUUCCGCAACGCUGAGUACCAGCAACCUUACUACCAGGUCGGCGACUACACCCGAUACCUCCUCUCUGAGCGCGGCUGGGUGAACGAGCACUACCUCGAGGAGUUGGAACAUGUGGAGUGCGAAGAUGUGAUCAAGUUCUUCCCCCAGUUGUUAGAACAGACCCAUAUUGAAGUUCUUGCCCACGGAAACAUUUACAAGGAGGAUGCUCUGCGCAUGACAGACUCCAUUGAGAAGGUCUUGGGAGGUCGCUCUCUGCCUCCAUCGCAGUGGUACCUGCGCCGGAACAUGACUUUGCCUCCUGGAAGCAACUAUACCUACCCCCGCGCACUCAAGGACCCAGCCAACGUCAACCACUGCAUCGAGUACUUCUUGUACAUCGGGCUGUUCUCCAACGAUCUCCUGCGCUCGAAGCUGCAGCUUUUCGCCCAGCUGACUGAUGAACCUGCAUUCGACCAGCUCCGUAGCAAGGAACAGCUCGGAUAUGUCGUAUGGAGCGGUGCCCGCUACAACGCCACCACCCUCGGCUACCGAGUCAUUAUCCAGAGUGAGCGUUCAGCACCUUACCUUGAGUCCCGCAUUGAGUCAUUCCUCCGCGAGUUCGGUCCCAUCCUUGAGAAGAUGCCCGAGGAAGAGUUCGAGGGACACAAGCGUAGUGUCAUCAACAAGCGGUUAGAGAAGCUCAAGAAUCUGGCUUCUGAGACUAACCGCUACUGGUCGCACGUUGGAUCCGAGUACUUCGAUUUCCUGCAACACGAAACAGACGCCGCCAACGUGCGCACUUUGACCAAAGAAGAUCUGAUUGCUUUCUACCGCCAGUACAUUGAGCCCUCGUCCACAACCCGCGCCAAGCUUGCCAUCCACCUGAAUGCACAGGCGGAUGCAUCCAAGCCAUCCGAGAAGCGAACCAGUUUAGUCACCGCCUUGAGCAAGCAGCUUGAUGUCGCCGGCUUCCAGGUGGACCCCACCCGUUUCGCAACUGCCUUUGAUGAAAUCGAACUGUCAGUGGUGGACAAGAGUCAAGUGAUCUUCGUCCUCCGGGCUUUCCUCACAACCGAGAUGCAAGUAUCCCCACAGCAGGUUGAACCGGUCAUCAAGAAGCUGGAACAAGAUCUCGGGGCUCAAUUGAAGGAAUUGGGCCUGGUGUCCAGUACCGACGAGCAGGGCCCGGCUAACGGCACUGUGUCCAAGACGAUUUCUGUCACCGAUGUGCCUACUUUCAAAGCCAGUCUACCUGUCAGUACUGGGCCUGUUGCUGUGACGGAUCUGACGGAAUUUGAGGAUUUCGAUGCCAAGCUGUAA